AUGUCCGCCGUCGAGUUCGACCUCACCGCGCUCCUCCUCGAGCUCCGUCGCGCGCGUGACGACGAUCACGCAGACGAUGAAGACGAAACGACCGACUCGGAGCUCGCGCGCACGCCGAGCGAGCGAAGAGAAUUCAUCGAAGAUUUAUGCCUGGAACUCACCGAUGGCGACGCGUGCGACGUCGUUCGAGACGACGUGACGCGGAGAAAGGUAACGAACGCGAUACGGGCGUUUGGUGAGCUCGGGGCGAUCGAGCGCGCGCGAUUGAUGGAUGCGAUGUGUUCGAAUCUGAGCGUUUUGUGCGCAAGCGCGAGCGCGCGCGAGAGAGAGGAGCGACAGGAGGGCGACGAGGAAAUUUCGUGGACGCGCGCGGCGUUGAAGGCGUACGUUGGGUUCAUAUUUCACGUGUGUGAGCGAUGCGAAAAGGAGAGCACGAGUUUUGAUGGCGUGGCGGCGGUUGCGGCGGCGGGCAAAGGGAAAAAGGCAAAGACCAAGUCGCAGCUCGUCGAGUGGCGAUGGGACGAACAGAGGGAGCGCGUCGUACACGUCAUGGCAGGCGUGUUGGACGUCGAUCUCUGGCAGGUUUUUCGACCGAAACAGCCAGAAGAGGAGUUUCUGUUGUUGUUCGUUCGCCUCGGGUCGAUGUGCCUGGAAAAUUCGGCGGCGAUGAAGAGCAAGGUCACCAAGCGCGCGACGUUCGAGAUGAUGGGAUCGUGCGCUUUAAAGUGGGGCCAGCUCGAGCAGGUGACGACGGCACUGAUUCACCUUCUGAACAAGUGCGAACACCUUCCGGGUCCGAUCGCCGAGCUCGCGAGCAACGCAGCGGAUCGGUUUGAAAAUGCGCACCUCGCCGCAGCACUCAUUCGAGAGGUCGGUCGCGUUGAUCCUUACGAUUACAAAGUGCAACAAGCGAGUGAUGCCGUUGGUGUGCGAUGCAUCGGCGCAUUCCUCAGCGAGAUCGCCGAGCGCAUGCCGAAGACGACGAUGACGAACAUGUCGAUGCUUAUGCCGCAUCUCGAUGGUGAGGCAUACUCGCUGCGCUCUGCCAUCGUUUCAGUGCUCGGGCAUUUGCUGAUCUCUCAGAAGGAUGUCGUUGCGGUGAGCGAUCACCACGACAACGGUACCGCGCCGCUGCUUCGAUCGAAGCAAGGUUUUUUGGAUCUUCUUGUCGAGCGCGUGCAUGACACGAGCGCAUUCACUCGCGCUCGUGUUCUGAACACUUGGGCUACCAUGGCGGAAGCGAAAGCAAUUCCGCUUUCGCACUGGCUUGUCGUCGCCGAUCUAGCUAUUGGUCGCCUGCAUGACAAGGGCGCGCUCGUGCGCAAGGCCGCCAUGGGAUUGUUGGCGUCACUCCUUGGAUACAACCCAUUCGCUCCGCAGUUGCCAAGUGCGACCUUUGCCGAGUCGUUGAAGGACUACGAAGCGAAGCUCGCGUCCAUGACUCCGCCGGCGGACGAAAAUGAGGAAGUGGAAGAAGUGAAACAUCCUGAUGCUCCUCAGAAGGCGCAGAACGCUCCGACCGAGGGCGACGCGAAUGCUGCCGUGCACCUCGGCGGUGGCAUUGAAGCUGUUCGAACGAUGGUGGCUGCCCUCAAGACCGCGCUUGGAUUCACCGUCCAGCUCUCUGGUACCGUGGCUAUUCUUUGCAAUCUACUCACGUCGUCUGUGGCGUCUGACGUGACUGAGGCGAUCGGUUUGCUAGUGCGCAUGCGCCAGUUCAACGUCGAUGGCUCAACGGAAGGCAUUCGGCGCCUGCUGGGACUCAUUUUCUCGCGAGACCAAGUCAUCAAGGACGCCGUCGUCGAAGCUGUGGAUGUCCUCUAUCUUUCAAACGCCGAAAGCCCACUCGUCGCUGCAGCUGGCCUGAGCGAACUCGCCGCAACGGCGGCUCUCGGUGAGCUCGCAGCGCUGGAGGAUGUUCUCAAGGCACUCGUCCUUUCCGAGCGACUUCCUUCGAACGGUGCCGUGACUAAGGCGCUCUGGUCGACGGUCUCAAGCAGCGAGUGCUCCAAUAACCGCAAGGCUGCGGCAAUAAACGUUCUCACUAUGUGCGCGCGCACGAACCCGGAAAUCGUCAGAGGUCAUAUCGGUACGGUUUGCGCCGCCAUCGAGGCGUCACUUUCAGGUGAAAAGAAGUCGCCUACUCUUUGUCGAGCCGCAUGCUGUGCGCUGACGGUUGUUCGUGCCAAGGAUGGCGAACCGUUGGAACGCGGCCAUCCUGUGUUCGCGGAGCUUGCAAAGGUUCUCCACCCCGCGGCACCGCUCGCUGGACGCGCGUGGUUCCCCUCCGCCGAACAAGCGAUUUCGGCUCUCUACUCUCUUCAUCCAGACCCUGAGCACACGUUCUCGGAGAUUAUCAAGGCUUUCGCCACUGCGACUUUCAGCGGAAACUCUUUGGAUAAGAUCCCCACCGCCGUGCUCGCGCGAUUCCUCUUUGUGCUCGGUGAAGUGUCUUUGCGACACCUCGUGCACAUUGAAAAGCUUGCUCGUUCGGUGCGCAUGGCACGUAUCGAGCGAGACCGAAAGGCUGUCGAGGCGAAGGAAAACGGCGAGGGCGAUGACAACGAUUUGGCUGCCGCUAUGGGCGAAGGCGCCGUCACCGAGGAUCUCCUUCUCGAUAACACUCGCGAGCGCGUCGAGUCCGAGCUUCUCGCCAUGAAGGGUGCCGCGCAUGGAUUGAUCGCAAUCUAUGCCCCGUUCGUAGUGCAGCUCUGCUCUCAUCCCGCCGUCGUGCAAGGCCCCGAGCUUCUUCGAGGCGCUGCGUUGGCUGCCCUCACGCGUUUCAUGGUUCUCGACGUCAAAUUCUGCGAGGAUCAUCUCAAGUUGAUCUUCGCUCGUCUCAAGGUUGAAUCUGACAAGGGAACUCGCGCCGCGAUUAUUGUCGCUCUCGGAGACUUGGCCUUCCGCUUCCCGAACGCUGUCGAGCCGUGGACCGAACACUUAUACGGUAUUAGAGAAUGGGGCAACUCGCUCCAUGACACUGACGCAGGCGUCCGGCAGCACGCCAUCACGGUGCUGUCUCACUUGGUGUUGAACGAUAUGAUGAAGGUAAAGGGUCACAUCAGCGAGAUGGCUCGAUGUUUGGAAGAUCCCGAUCCCAGAGUUGCGGGUGUUGCGAAAUUAUUCUUCCAUGAACUGGCUCAGAAGCACGGCAACCCAGUGUACAAUCUACUCACGGACUUGUUGUCCAGACUGUCCACAGAUGAGGACAUCUCACCCGACGCUUUCAAGCGUAUCAUGACUCGUCUGGUCGGCUUUAUCGACAAGGAACGCCAGGCUGAAUCGCUCUGCGAGAAGAUGUGCGCAAGAUUCGCGGAAGCUGUGCUCGCAGAAACACCGAAACCGGCUCGCGACAUCGCGUUCUGCAUAUCACAGCUCAACCUCAGCGAGAAGGCGUUCAAGAAAUUCACAGAAGCUUGGAAGCAAUACGAAGCUGCGCUCUACGACCACGAGGUGCAUGCAUCGUUCAUCGCGUUGUGUCAAAAGCAGAAACGCGCGGCCAAACCAGAGGCGAAGCAAUUUAUCGAGGUGUAUGAGGCGAAGCUCAACGAGAGUCACGUCGAACGCGCGGCCGCUUACAACGUUUCAGCGAGGGCUGAAGGUAAAGAAACUGUCGCAGUGACGGUCAUCCUGAAAGAGGAAGAAGAUGUCGCCAACGAAGCUUUGGCUGAGACAGACGAAGCGAACCUGCCGGAAUGUGAAGGUGAAGCGACCGAAGAGAACGCCGUAGUCGACGAAACGGUCGAGCGAGCGACCAGUAAGACCAGCGGCGAGCAAGAUGAGAACGUCGCACCUAAGAUCGCGACGCCUCCCGUGUCACCGCCAAAAAGGCGAAGUAGAAAAGCCGCUGUUUAA